GCGAAUCAGAGAUUAUCCUUGCCACGCCCUCCUUCUUUGUGUACAUUCAUGCUACAGAGUUGCAGAGCUAGCUCUGUUCAUGCUACUAUACUAUUAAAAGAUGGCUGAUUUUCUGAGCCAAUUCACCCAGUUGCCAAGUGGAGAGGGACCUAGUAGUGACAUGAAGGCCUUUAGAGAGGUGUUUGGAGCCGCUAAGAACAUUGUCGUGCUGUCUGGAGCUGGUAUGAGUGCAGAGAGUGGAGUGCCCACAUUCAGGGGAGCUGGUGGCUAUUGGCGUACCUACCAAGCUCAACAGUUGGCCACUCCAGAGUCAUUCAAAGCUGAUCCUUCGCUUGUCUGGGAGUUCUAUAGCUAUCGACGAGAGGUCAUGCAUUCCAAGUCUCCUAACCCCGCCCACAAAGCCAUUGCAGAACUGGAGGCCAGACUAAAACCCCAGGGACGAAGUGUUACCGUAAUAACACAGAACAUAGAUAGGCUCCAUCAUAAGGCCGGCUCUGAGAGCGUCGUUGAACUACACGGGUGUUUGUUCAGGACACGCUGUACCAAGUGUGGAGAUAUUACUGAUAAUAACGAGUCCCCCAUCUGCCCUGCACUCAAGGACAAGGGAGCACCUGAUCCAAACGCAAUGUCUGCAGAUAUCCCAGUGUCUGACCUGCCAAGCUGCAGUAAGUGUCAUGGUCUCCUCCGCCCACACGUGGUGUGGUUUGGAGAGCCUUUAGAGGGAGCUGUGCUAUCAGCAGUGGAUGAAGCACUGGAACAGUGUGACCUCUGUCUACUGGUGGGCACAUCGUCUGUGGUCUAUCCUGCAGCUGGUUUUGCCCCCCGAUUAGCGGCAAGGGGUGUGUCUGUAGCAGAGUUUAACCUUGAACCUACGCCAGUCACUGGAUCACUCAAGUACCAUUUCCAAGGCAAGUGUGGGGAGAUACUUCCCGAAGCUGUGAAAAGGCAUCCAUCAGAACCAGAGCAAUAGAAUCGUCAUAGCUAUAUGUACAUAUUGAAUUAUCGUACCAGUAACUAAAUUCUCAUCCAUUUUUGUCCUAUUUUUUUUAUUUUAUUGUGUUUGUCCACCAGUUCUGAAUUACUAACAUACAAUGAAUCAAAUGUGAAUACUAAGUCUAUUAAA